AUGUGCACCGGUAGGAUGCUAACCCCUAGUAGGAUGCUGUGGAAAAUGCAGGGAGGUGGCGUUACAGUAGCAGGAUGGGGAGCAUGCGGGGCGGCUGUGGUCUUGUUGGUCAUGCUGAUGGUGAGGGAGGAUGGAACCCUUCCUCGCUCCCUUCACAGCAAACUAGCACAGCGAACAUAUGGUCUGCUGGAGGAAGUGAACAUCGAGGAGUUGAACAAGUGCGAUGAAGAUAAAGAUUCGGAUCUUUCGUGCGAAGAUGAACGAAGACCAGAAGUUGCCGGGUACACAAAAGAAUGGACUAUACCUCGUGGGCUAGGAUAUUAUCACGUUUCUCCUGAACCUAAUACCGAUAGCAUCAGCUCCGUGGGAAGGAGUAAGCGACCUGCUCAUAACGCUGUUGGGUGGCAGUGGGGACAGACGGCCCCAACUCCUCCUUUCAAGAACGUUCGAGACGGGGAGGAUUCAAUCCCACAGGGCAUCGGGUACUACAGGGGGGAUUCUGCAAAGGAGGAAGAGGACAUCAUUCCUCAGGGGCUCAACUACUACAAGGGCGCGACGGAUGAGUAUGAUCAAGACUACUUGCGCGAUCCGACCUACUUCGACCAGGCUUACCGAUUAGCCUAUCCCAAACUUCCCGACCAAGACAACAGGGCUAAGUUUUUUGACGAUGAAGUCGCUUGUACUGCGUCAGGAGAACCACUUCGAUGUUGA